AUGCAGAUCUCGUGCAAGAAUCUGCCAGCAUGGGCUGCCGCUCUGGUUGUCGUUGGAUCUUUGUGUGCCAAUGCACAAGUCCUGCAAAACUGCCCCAGUACGAAUUUGUGCUUUGAGGUCAAUGUACCGGAUUCGACUGCACAGUCCGGCUCGGGAGACAUCUACCUGAGAAUCUCAGCACCGACCUCGUACUCCUGGGCCGCUCUUGGACAAGGAAGCCAGAUGAGAGGCACGAAUAUGUUCGUCGUGUAUACCUCUGCAGACGGCGGCAAUGUCACGAUCUCGCAGCGCUCGGCAAGUCGUCACAACAUGCCCACCGAAGUAUCCCAGAGUACUGUGAUGGUACUCGAGGGCAGCGGGGUGCAGGGCAAUACCAUGACGGCGAAUAUCCGAUGCACUGGAUGUACUUCCUGGUCUGGCGGAACAAUGAAUCCUACGGAUAGCGCUUCGAACUGGAUCUAUGCGUAUAAGGAAGGCUCGGCGUUGGCGACGAACGAUGCUGCGACAUCGAUACAGCAGCAUGAUGAACACGGAUCGCUUCAAUUGGAUCUCACGCAGGCUACUGGUGGUAGCUCGCAGAACCCUUUCUUGGCCGCACAGACGUCCAAUGCCACGAACACUAGUGGCACUAGUGGGACCACCACGACGACUCAGAGCGGCGGCGGCGGCGGCGGCGGCGGUGGCGAAUCGAGUUCUUCUUCGAACAACUCUCAGAACAUAAUCCUGCUUGUACAUGCCAGUCUGGCAGGUAUCGCCUUCGUGGCAUUGUUUCCUGGCGGUGCUAUACUCAUCCGUCUAGCCAACCUCAAGUCCGUCAUCUGGAUCCAUGCUGCUAUGCAAGCACUAGCCUACAUCGUCUUCGUCGCAGCAGCAGCCCUCGGUAUCUACCUCGCCGUCAACCAAGGCAACUUCAGCCGUACUGGUAUCGACAUCGCUCAUCCAAUCAUCGGUCUUGUUCUUCUCGGACUCUUCUUCUUUCAACCUCUGGGCGGCUGGUUACACCAUAGACAAUUCAUCAAGAAGGGGCGACGUACUGCAGUCUCGUACGUGCAUAUCUUUACCGGACGUGUGGGUAUCGCGCUUGGUAUGGUGAAUGGUGCUCUUGGGUUCUGGGUCGUGGGUGGGCGGCGGACAGGGGCGAAAAUUGCGUAUAUUGUUAUUGUGGCUGUUGUGUAUUCCGGUUACAUCGCCGUCAUAACAAUGGGGGAGAGACGACGCAAGAAGCAAAGUGCAGAAUCGUAG